GCAGAAUGACCAUGUAUGCAGUUGUUACUUUGCAAGACUCGGAUGAGGUGAUGGUGGCACCAACAAACUGGUUGAGCGAAGACAAGAAACAAUGUUACUGGCCCCCAUUCAAAUCACCAGAGAAGUACAUGGAAGCUGUUAAGAACCGUCAUGAGCCUUCAACAGGAGGGAAACCAUGGGAGAAAUUAGCUAUUCUGUUUCAUUCAGAAUAUGGCACUUAUGAGCAGGCCAAGGAAAAGCAAGCAGAAAUGAGUGAGCAGAAAGAACAACCUGUAACACAAAACAAUCAAGUAAUAGAAACAUCUCCACUGUCUCCUGGGCCAUCACAAUCUGCUCUGCCAGGAAUGUCCUUUCAUGGUACUAAGAGAAAACUUGAAAUACGUGAUUCACAUACCAGUGCAAAGUUACAUCCAGGACACCCAUCCUUUAAACAGAAUACAGAUAUGUUGAAGAAUGUGAAAAAGAUCAUGGCAGAAGUUAAAAUUAGAAUUCAAAAUAUUAACAGCACAGACCAAACAUCAACUGAACAAAAAAACAACAUAUUAGAUGCCAUUGCAAAAAUGGACAAGAUGGAUAAAGACCAAAGAAGAAAGGAAACCAUUGGUGUUUUUGGAAAGACAGGACAAGGAAAAAGCUCCCUUUUAAAUGCAAUCUUGGGAUUAGAUUAUUUACUGCCAUCUGGUUGUUUUGGUGCCUGUACAUCUGUUGUUACUCAGGUGGAAGCGAAUCUGAUUGAUUCCAACUACACAGCAGAGAUUGAACUCAUCUCUAAAGAGGAAUUAGAAAAUGAGAUUACUUCAACUGACGACAGGACGGAAACUGUUAUAGAAAGAAUCAUUGCACUGUAUGGAGCUGAUGCAGAGAAGAAAACACUGGAAGAACUAAAGAGAGAUGACAAAUAUGCUGAAAUUGAUAAACUUUUGUCUACAACGAAAAAAAAUAUUUCACACCCUGAAUUCUCUCAGGAAUUUACCAGUGAUGUUGCACGUUACAUACAACACAGUGACUGGUACUGGCCUCUUGUGAAAAGUGUGACAAUCAAGAUACCGAACUGUCGUGAACUCCUGGAACACAUUGUGCUUGUUGAUCUUCCUGGAGCUGGAGACUGCAACAAAAUUAGAGAUGACCUGUGGAAAACUAAACUGAAAGAGUGCUCUUCUGUGUGGAUUGUAAGUAAUAUCAAUCGAGCUACUGAUGACACAGACCCCUGGGGUAUAAUACAGCACUGCAUUCAAGACCUGGGACCAGGAGGAGAGUGCAGAAACAUUGACUUCAUCUGUACCAAAACUGAUGACAUAGAGCCGGAAGAAUAUCUAGAGUUAGAAUCGUCUGAUUUGUAUCAUCAUCACCCCCACCGCCACUAUUUUUUUCAGAAUCCUGAAACAGGGUGCAUAAUUCACAGGAACAACCGUGCGAAGGAAAUUGUGAAAAAGAAGUUUGAAAAUCUUGAAAUCAUGAAAUCAAAAGCCAGAUUCAUUACUGAUGUUUUCACUGUCAGCUCCAGGGCAUACUUAAAGAAAAAUCCACAUCUGGAACUUGCUGAAACAGAAAUUCCAAAGCUGUAGGAUGUUCUGAAGAACACUAACAGGAGAAUUAACCGAGAACUGACCAGAGAUUAUGUCAAUGAAGCAAAGGGAGUUUUGUCCUUCAUUCAAAGCGUCCAACUAGAUACAGAUGAAAAAAUGGUGGAGAAAAAAGCUGAAGUCCAUAAAGCUUUACAGAAGAACCUAGAAAAGGCACUGAAGGAGUUGGAUUGUCAGUUGGAUUUACUUUCUAAGAUUUUGGAUCAAUGUCUCUCAAAAGGAGUGAAGGAAUCAGUGGAACAGUGUGUUGACACCAAAAACUCCAUGAUUGCAUCUGUUGCACCUGCUGAUAAAAGGGGAUUCCAUAAAACCCUUCAAGCAUUGUACAAGAACAAAGGAUGGUACUGGCCAAAGAACUGGGAAAAACCGCUAGAUCUAAACCUGUGCUUGGCCAAACACAUGCACGACAACAUCGAUGAGAAUUUUAAUUUAAUUUUUCCUGUUGAUGGCAAUAACAAAACAGGAAAAUCAGUCCAGGAACAGAUUGAUAAAUUCAGUAUCAUCCAAAGUGGCACUGCUUACUCACCAUCUUCCAUGCUAUACCACAUGGAAAAUAUAACUUCUGAUAAGGAAACCAAAGUAAAGGCAUUGCUCAAAAGAGAAGUGGUUGCGAGAAAGAAGAAAAUCUACUCAUCAAUCGAAACAACUAUUCAGAAUCGAAUGACUGCUGGCUAUGAGCAAGCUGCAAAUUUGAAAGGAAUAAAAGCAAUGGAGAGGAGGGAGAAAAAAAUAACAGAAACAAUUGAAUUGUUAAAACACAGCAUGUUCAAAGAUGCAAAAAUGGAAGUUCUGAGUCAGUUCAAGGAUUUAAAGGAGCAGAUAUGCAAGACCCUUGAAUCUGAGCUAAAGGGAUCAGUGGAACGCUCACUUUCACAAACCAGCAGAACCACCCUGAUGGAUGUCACCGGAAAGAUUGAAACGUUGGAGAGACUGUCAAAGUCUAUCAUCUGACUGUCUAUCAUCUGAAAAGCAGCAUCUCAGCAUUUUUCAGUGAAAGUUAUUUAGUUAGUUAUUUAUAGACUAAACUUUUGAUUGUGUAACUAAUCGCAUAAGAAAAACUAUUUUGAGGUGUAGACUAUUGCUGUUAUUAAUGAAUACAACUAAACAUAGGCUGAAGUAGAAUAUGUUAGUUGUUGGGUCAGUGGACCCAAUAAAUAUGGUGCACUCUCCUGACCAGUCCCCAACAGGAAGCCUAAACAGAGAUUCAGAUAAACUAGAAAUUAAUCUUGGAUGAUUUACAUGUACAAGCUGUACAAAGAAAAUGGGACAAAGUUGUCAAGAAUCAAAAGCUGGAAAAAUGAAGAAAGAAGAAGGACGAACCGGAAGCAUCAGGAGGUCACUUCUAAAAUAAGAGGAAUGAUAAGAUUAAUUAGACAACAAGAAAGAAUAAAUAAUAAAUUACUGAAAAUGUUAAAAGGGAUGACUGUGUUUAGUAGAUUUUAUUUUGAGAUGGGAAGACGAGAUUGAUGAGAUUUGUUAGAUGAGAUUGAGGCGCCAGUGCUGUCUCUAAAAAUAGCACUGCUUACCAGACCUCCAGUCAAAGUGAGAAAGAGAAUAGGUGUCUAUGGCUUGUCUAACAAUGGUUAUAGAAAAAUAUUAUUUAAUGUAUGUGUCUCGCUUUAAAAGUAGUAAGGUGUUGCAUGUGCAAAAUGAAAGCCUUUGAAAUUGCAACCUGCACAUAUCUUGUGUUUAGGUAACCAUAGCAACCAAGAGGUUAUUGCAGAGUUAAAACUUAGUGGGUGGGUGUUAAUUUUAUCUUGUAUGUACAUGUAUGGAAAUUCUUUGUUGUGAAGCAAUACUGUGUAACCAAGGGAAAAUUAUAGGGUGAAGACAUCUCGCUGUCAUGUUGUGUUGAUUUCUUAUUCUGACUUUGUUUAUUAAAGCGAAACCAUUUCAAAUGGUGAACCUCUCUUAAACAAAAUCUCAGAGUAAAUUAUUUUAUUCAUAACACUAUUAUCUGAACCUAAAUACUUAUCUUAGAUGAGCUUCAAGAGGACCGGACCUGAUUGAUGCUGGAGGGACACUGCACAGGGUUUCUAGACAGCUGACCACAUACCAAAUCUGAAGGACAAAUCCUUUGAUUUGAAAUUGACUAUUUGGGAUUGUAGAGAUGUGUGUUAAAGUGUUUAGAUGAGGCAGUAUAAAAA